AUGCAUCACUGUCUCCAGAUCGACGAAAUCAUUCGCCAUAUUUUCUCCUUUGUUGACAACGCCCGACUACGUUUACUAGCUCAGACUUGUCGCAAUUUCAAUGAACCAGCGACGGAUCUCCUCUGGCGAACGUUCUAUGGUAUUGAUUCCCUUUACCCAUUGCUGUCAUGUGUCGGUGAAGUAGUUGAUGAUGCAACCAAGAAAACAACUCAAACCAUCAUUCGUCCCUUGAGUGACGUGGACUGGAGGGUUAUCGAGCGAUAUACCCGCAAAGCGCGAAGCCUUUACAUCAGUUCGAGUGGUCUUCCAGUUGACGCAAAAGUCGUACAGUCUCUCGCGGAUUCCCCAUCUCCUGAUUUACUUUUCCCUAAUUUACAAGUGCUCUCGAUCAAUUUGGAGGGGGCUACUUGCAACUCACGGGUUACAGAUACUGUUAUGGCAUUCGCUCAACUUCUCUCCAGACGCAAUAUUUCCCGCCUUUAUUUAAACUUCGAGGGUCAUCAAACCACCCACUUUAAAUUGGUUCUGCGCUCACCAUCCCACCCGUUCAUCGAGGUUGCGGGGUUAAGUGUCACCCGUGCCUCCUCAUUAUUACCUUGGUUGGACCCUAAACAGUUUGUCAGCUGUGCUGUCAGCUGUUGGGAGGAACUUUUGGAACACGGUCUUGAGGUUUGGAACGAGGUUGAAAAGCUCGGGGUACGGACAUCUACAUGUCCAAACCAUCCCUUCCUGGAACGGAGUCUAAUUUCACAUCGGCUCUUACCAAAGUUGAAUACGUUCAUUUUACACGAGUCUGCGCCAACUGCUCUGAAAAUUAUGUCCAGCACGUGCCUGGACCGGCUCACUUCUCUUUCCAUCUCUAUGCCACAACAUUCAUGGGACGAUGAAAGCUACUCGCAGGAACUGAAAGAGAUUCUCGUGCUCAUCCCAUCGAAGUAUCCCUUAUUGGAAUCGUUGCAGAUAAUGUCCACUGUCGUGCCACUAAAUUCAUCGGCAUUCGUUCUUGAACAGUCCACCAUAGAACCUUGUCUCUGUCUGAAGCAUCUCCGAACCCUCGCGAUUCAAACUUACUAUCAUAUCGAUCUAUCGGACUGCUUCAUCGAGAAGAUGGGUCAAGCUUGGCCACGCCUCGAACACCUCCACCUGCGCAGAUCAAACAGCAAGGCGACUCCAACACGUCUCACUUCGCUUGGAGUCGCGAAUUUCAUCGGCUGCAGUCCGAGGCUUCGGACAUUCUCACUCUCCGUUAACUUUGCAUUGGGUAUGUGUCUACGCCCCGCAGAGAGCACUGUAAUUCGAGGGUCAAACGUAUGGCUCGCUGAUUUCUGCGGCUCAUACAUCUCUACAAAAGCGCCUGUCGCUGAAUAUCUCUCGAAUCUUCUCCCGCACUUGACAUAUCUUGGUGUUCCAGCGGGACGUAAGGCCCGCACUAGAGCGUGGCGUAAGGUGGCAAAGAGGCAUCGAAAUCAGCCCUUGGCAGAGGUAGUCAAUACUCGGAUACGCAGGGUACUGACUGGCCAUGAGGAGGCCAGUGACGGAAUGGGCUAUUGA